AUGUGGAUGUCCUGGCUGGGAACCCAGCUGCCAGCUCAUGACCAGGAGGUAACAAGCAGGAAUAAAAGGCCACCAGAGUCACAGAGACGAAGCUGCGGCGUUACCGAGGGCCCGGCCCCAGCCUCCGGCCGCCCACCGGGGUUUGUCCCGCGACGCCCGACCAUGCCCGCCGACCUCAGCGGUACCUGGACCCUGCUCAGCAGCGACAACUUCGAGGGCUACAUGCUGGCCCUAGGUAUUGACUUUGCCACUCGUAAAAUAGCCAAGUUACUGAAGCCACAGAAAGUGAUUGAGCAGAAUGGGGAUUCUUUUAGCAUCCACACGAACAGCAGCCUAAGGAACUACUUUGUGAAAUUUAAAGUUGGAGAAGAAUUUGAUGAAGAUAACAGAGGCCUGGACAACAGAAAAUGCAAGAGCUUGGUUAUAUGGGACAAUGACAGGCUCACCUGUGUCCAGAAGGGAGAAAAGAAGAACAGAGGCUGGACCCAUUGGAUCGAAGGAGACAAACUCCACCUGGAAAUGUUCUGUGAAGGUCAAGUGUGCAAACAGACAUUCCAGAGAGCCUGAUCCAUAUCCAGCAGCAGAGCCCACUUGUGGCUGCAGCUUUAUGCCAAAUUAUAUUGCAGACCAAACAGAUGUUUAUCUAUCCCAUUUGGUGAUGAGGACUCUUGGCUGGAGAGAGCCACACAGCCUGUAACCUGAAGUCAUCUAGAUUAUGGGGAAACUGCUUAGCUUCAAUAAACCUGUCCAAAUGACUCUGAAGUUUUUCCUUUUCCAUUCAGGAAAUCCUAGCAUUUAAAAAAAUAUUUGAAAGUCUUCCAGGUGCACGAAAGACACAGCAAUGAACAAGCUGUCAUUCCUGCCUUCAAGGCUAGUGAGGAAGCUGGCCAAAACAAGCAACCUGAACAGCUGCCAGAGCUCUGGGGGUGGGGGACAGAUGACUUUGAGGCAUGGACAGAUGGUGAUAUUGACAGGGGUCUGGGAUGGUGAUUUUUGUUUCCUUUCUUUUCUUUUUUUUUUUUUUUGAGACAAUGUCUUGCUCUAUCAUCCAGGCUAGAGUGCAGUGGCUCACUGAAACCUCUGGCUCCUGGCUUCAAGCAAUUCUCCUGCCUCGUCCUCCUAAGUAGUUGGGAUUAUAGGCGUGUGUCACCAUGCUCAGCUAAUUUUUGUAUUUUUAGUAGAGAUGGGUUUCACCAGGUUGGCCAGGAUGGUCUCGAUCUCUUGACCUUGUGAUCCACCUGCCUUGGCCUCCCGAAGUGCUGGGAUUACAGGCGUGAGUCACCGCACCCAGCCCUGGGCAGUUUCUAUUGCUAUUCCCAGAAGAAGUCUAGAGUAGCCAAAUUCAAGCUUUCAAAGGCUCUUAACUGCUCAAGUUAAUUUUUUUUUUUGAGACAGAGUCUCGCUGUGUUGCACAGGCUGGAGUGCAGUGGCAUGAUCUCGGCUCACUGCAAGCUCCGCCUCCCGGGUUCAUGCCAUUCUCCUGCCUCAGCCUCCCAAGUAGCUGGGACUACAGGCGCCCACCCCCAUGCCCGGCUAAUUU